GCAUCAACUGGGGCAAUGGCUUCUCUUGCUAGAUCUGGAGGUUUUGCAGUCAAAGUGAUCAGCGGAUCCCAGCAACAUGUAAACUUUGUUGCCGCAACACCAGCCGCCGAUAAUGUCGCUGCUUUCCGCGAUGUUCCAGCUGAGUUCUCCACGGCUGAAGCUCGUCAAGCCGCUGUUAGUCACAGCACCGGAGGUGUCUUCACCAAUGGACUUGCUGUCAAGGGAAUCAAUGUCACCUCUCGCCGUUUGGCUCACACUGAUGUGACAUUCCCCGAUAUGUCAAACUAUCGUCGUGAUUCUACAAAGAACACUCAAGUGCCAGCCCGUGACACCGAGGAUCAACGUCGUGCUCUUCCAACUGCUCUGUAUUAUGGAGCUGGAGGAGUUCUAUCUUUGUGGGCCGGAAAGGAAGUUGUACAGACUCUUGUUUCUUACAAAGCUAUGGCAGCUGAUCAACGUGCCUUGGCUUCGAUCGAAAUCAACAUGGCUGAUAUUCCAGAAGGAAAAACAAAGACAUUCGAAUGGCGUGGAAAGCCAGUCUUCGUCAAACAUCGUACCAAGGCUGAGAUUGCCAAGGAAAAGGCCGUCCCUGUCGCCGAUCUCCGUCAUCCACAACAUGACGACGAACGUGUGCAGAAAGAUGAAUGGUCCGUUGUCAUUGGAGUGUGCACCCAUCUUGGAUGUGUCCCAAUUGCCGAUGCUGGAGAUUACGGAGGUUAUUACUGCCCUUGUCACGGAUCUCACUACGACGCUUCUGGACGUAUUAGAAAGGGACCAGCUCCAUUGAAUCUUCACGUACCAGCAUACUCGUUCAAGGAUGCCACCAUCGUCAUUGGAUCGAGCUAAAUAUUCAGAUUUUUUUGCAAAAGUUUCCCCGUCCCCACUUUGAAAACUCGCGUCUCCUAAUCGAAUGUGUGGUUUUCUCCUGUGAAAGUAGUUGUUCCCUUCUUUCUACGUCGUAUUCUUGGCAGAUAAAGUUUAUUUUU